CCAGCUGUGUGCAGGUAUAUAUGGAGGAGUGUGUUCCCUGUGUGCUCUAACCUUUACCCCUCGUCUCAAAAUGAACGUGGUCGGCGUGCUGUCCUGCCUCAGCCUGCUCCUGGCUGCCGCUGCCAGCCAGGAGCCCAAGCCCUGCGUCGCUCCGGCCUUGAUGAGCGGAGGUCUCACUGUGAUGACUGUCGGAGCUAUCUCUUCCACCGGAACAGUCAGCUAUGAUGCUAUUGGUCAGAGGAUGAGAGUCAAGACCAUGGGGCUCGCAGCCAACCAGACUGCUAUUCUGGACACGCUGAUGCUUUUCAAUAAGAAAGUCUACUAUGAGAUCAACUGGAGCAAAUUCACCUGCAAGAAGAAGACGCUGGACACAGACUUCAUCCCCAUGCAGGUUCCCUCUGAUGCCAAGCUGAUGGGUCAGGUGUUCAUGGGCUCCUCCUCCUCCUGGGGGAUGGGAGUGCUGACCAACACCUGGUACGGAUAUCUGCCAGGGAACGGCAUGUACUCGAGUGUGUUCACGGAGAUCGGCUGCGUCCCCAUGACCUUCUCGUCCUACACUCCUGAGUCUGAUUGGAUCACUGUCAGCACCUUUAACUGGGUUUUGGGGAACUCCAACCCCAUGGACUUCUUCCCUCCUUUCAUCUGUGCCAAGGCUCAGCUGGAGGAGACGGAGACGCCCGCCAACAUGUUCACCGUCCUCAAGUCUCUGGCUUUGAGGGACAAGAUGGAGGAGUAAACAUCUGAAGAGUGUCAGCAACUGAAUCUCAGUAACAAUGUGUAGAUCUAAAUCAAUCGAGUGAGGCUUGUUGGAGUGCAGACAUGUCAGAGGGAUGUAUAUGAAUGUCAUUUAGGAUACAUCCCCGUUUACAUUGUCAUAGUGGGAUUUAACCCAAAAACCCAUUUCUCUGUAUUUCAGGUUAAAUGAAACCUUAAAAUG